AUGGGGUUGUCCUCUCUCUCUUGGAUUCCAACAGCGGCAUGGCCCCUCGGUGCAUUCGUCCUCUAUGCCGCCCUUUAUGCGUACCAUUCUUCCUGGAUCAACCUUCCACCAGGCCCAAAACCUCUUCCACUCAUUGGAAACGUCCUGCAGAUACCUGCCGAAAAUCAGGAAGAAGUGUUCGAGAAAUGGGGCGCUGAAUACGGCGACGUGGUCUAUCUCAGCACCUUUGGACAGCCCUUGGUCAUCUUGAACAGCUUGCAAGCCGCGCGGGACUUACUGGACAAGAGAAGCUCUAUUUAUUCUGAUCGGCCUCGCUUUGUUUUGCUUUCGGAAUUGAUGGGCUGGCAUAGCGCGUCCACUCAUAUGCGAUAUGGACCACGGUUUCGAAAGCAUCGCCGGUUCAUAAACCAAGUCUUUAAUCAACGGGCGAUAUCCGCCUUUCGGCCUCUCAUAGAGAAGGAAAUCUUGGUUCUUCUUGACCACAUGCUGAGCAAUCCCGAGGAUUUCGUCGAUCACUACCGACGUUUCGCGGCUGCGACCAUUCUCAAGAUUACCUACGGCCAUGACAUACUCUCGGUGGACGAUCUUUUCGUGCGGUUGGCGGAGCGAGCUGGAACGUUGACGACAGAAUCGGGAUCUGCUGGAGCUAACAUUGUUGACUUCUUCCCGGCUAUGAGGCACUUGCCGACUUGGGCUCCUUUCGCCUCGUUCAAGGCUAGAGCACUCGAGACGCGAAAGGCAGUGGAGGAUAUGAUGGAGAUACCGUACGAACAAGUUAAAGCCGAUCUGAAAUCAGGAACCGCUGUUCCGUCUUACACAUCGACACUGUUGGAUUCGCAUCGUGAUGACGAUGGGCAUAUAUCACCAGAAGACGAGGAGGAUAUCAAAGGCUCUGCUGGGACACUCUUUGCUGCGGCCGAGGAUACGACAAUAUCAUCUGUGCAUACAUUUACACUGGCGAUGGUUCUCCAUCCACACGAAUUCAAGAAGGCGCAAGAAGAAAUCGACCUUGUGGUUGGGAAGGACCGUCUACCGAGCCUCGACGAUAGGGCUUCUCUUCCCUAUCUCGAAUGUGUGCUGAAAGAGGUCCUUCGUUGGAACCCAAUGGUGCCAUUGGGAAUGCCACAUCGACUAAUGGAGGACGACUUCUACCGAGAUUUCUUUAUCCCAGCGGGAUCCACCGUCUUGGCCAACAUUUAUGCUAUUAUGCGCGACUGUGAUCAGCCGGAGGUUUUCCGUCCUCAGCGGUAUCUCGAUGACGGGGAAUUGCCCGACCCCUUUGGGAUAGUCUUCGGUUUUGGACGAAGGAUUUGCCCUGGGAGGCAUUUGGCAGACGCCAACUACUGGCUAAUAGCUGCGAGUCUGAUCGCUGCUUUUGAUAUCUCCAAGGCGUUGGACCGGGACGGUAAUGACCUCAAUACCACCUACGAGUUUUCGCGUGGAUUCGUUCGCCAUCCCCAGCCCUUCAAGUGCUGUAUCAAGCCGCGAUCAUCAAAUCUACCCGCUCUUAUCAGUCGGGCGAGAGCUGAGCUACAAAUCGCGUGA